CGUGCCGGUAACUUUUAGCCCUUCUCAAUUUCCAUUUCCCCUAUUUAUUCGAUCCGAUAUCAUAAUAUGAACGAUUUGAAUUUGCGCGUGGCCGCCUUGAAGCUCUGCGCGCAUCCCAAGCGAUUUGCGGAGCUGCGCGACUCGUUGGUUCCGCUGCCCAACAGCUGGAAUGCCGCACCCCAUGGAUUUGUGCGGCAGUUCGCUGAGGCCAGGAGCAGUGCCGAGCAGGUCCUGGUGGUCAAGGACAUCUUCUACAGGGACCACGAUAUGGAGCAGGAUCAGGAGCAGGAGCAGGAGCAGCACGAUGUAAGGCACUUCCUGGCCGAUCUGCUGCUGGCCAGUCCACUGAAGCAUGCCGUGCGCAACCAGCUGACCAAACUCUUCUCGGACAACGGGCUGGCCAAACAGGAUGGUACACAGCGACUGCACCGGCACUCGAAGGAUCUGCUCUUGGAGGCACUGCAGCAGUCGCUCGGCUCAAUGGCCACAAAUCUGGAGGGGAUGGCCAGCCACGACCGCACCAACGACACCAUCGCCUCCGCCAACGCCUGCCUGCAGAACUUCCCCUUCGGCCGCGAGGCACUGGGCCGCCAGGUGCUCCUCUUCGCGCCGCUCCUGCCCACCGCCUUGGAGCGCUACUGGACGGACAUCAGUGAUCCCUCGCUGGAACUGUCGCCAACGCGCCGCAACGAGCUCUACCUGUACGUGCAGAACGCGCUGCGAUUUCUGGUGAGCCUGCUGUCCGAGUGGAGCGAUCGGUUGCACCAAGGCGGUGGCCAGCAGCUGCUCAGCUCCGCGGAUGUGGUGGCCCGGCAGGUGGCUCGCCACGUGGACACGCCGUGGGAUGUGCGCUCCAUUGCCGGCCUGCUGAUCGGUCACCUGGCGCGCUUCUCCGGGGCAUUCGUGGAGUACCUGGCAGAGUGCUCGAGGCCACGGACGGGGGAACAGGAUCUGCCUGUCCAGACGGCCGCCCUGCUCGUCCUGCGGCGCUCGGACUACGCGGAUCAUGCCCCCCAGGCGCUGGCCAUUCUCCGGAUGAUCCUGACCGUCGGCCAGCGGGAGGGCAGCGUGAGCAACCUGCUUGUCUUCCUCUCCAAGCACCUCUUCAUCUACUCCAAGUCGCUGGCCGAACUUCGCUCCUUCCUGCCCGCCAACCAUGUGCUCGUCUACCAGCAGAUCCUCGCGGAGCUGCAGUUGUUCGCCCUUCAGAACAUUUCCAGUGCCACGGACUCGGUGCGUCACAUGAGCAGCGCCCUGCUGCGCCAGGUGCUACAGCACGCGCAGGCCAGCGGCCAGGAGGAGCUCUUCCACGUGGUCUACGGCCAGUUCGAGGCUCGGUCCGCGGCCCUCAGUGCCAGCUGCCUGGCAAUGGAGCAGCUGGUCGCCGUCGCCGGAGUGAGCCAAUGCAUCCAACACUGCCCUUCGCUCUUCGGCGUCAUCUUCCCGCGCUUCCUGGGCUGCGAGGACAGCGUGGAUGCCCUGUUCAAAGUCAUGAUGGUGUCCGCCCACAAGACGCAGCCGCUGGCCGAGUGGCAGGACCUGUGGUUCGGCCAGCUGCUGGCGGCCACCCAGGUGGCGGACAAGCGGCGCUCGGUCAUCGAGCAGCUGCUCACGCAGGCGGUGCAGCUGGAGCCGCAGACGCUGGCCCACCUGCUGCUGCUGCGGGGCGACGCUCGUCUGCCGCUGAGCAGCAAGCUGGCGGCGAUCCUCAGCGUGCGGCAGCUGAGCGAGCGGCGGCGCCACGAGUUGCUGCACGAUCUGCGGCCGGAGUUGGAGCAGGCCCUUCUCGGCCUGGACGACCAUGCGCGCCUUCUCGCACUGCGCUUCGUGGUGGAGACGUCGCGACCCAGCGAUCCCUUGACUUCAGCCGAAGUGGAGGCCAUCGGACUCUAUCUGCGCCACAAUGCCAACAAUCCGAGUGCCCAUCUGCGCCAGCUGAGCUACGCCCUGCUACAGAAGGCUCUGCGCAGGAUCCAUCUGGGUCUGGCCGCCCAUCAGAAGCGACCAACGGUUGAGGGUCAGCAGAUGGUCAGCCUGCUCCAACGACUCAGUGGCCAAUUGUGGCGGAAUCUCUUUCCCACAGCCAACUAUGGACGCCGCUGGCUGUCGCUGCACUUGCUCCACGCCUGCGUGGAUCUCAGUCGCAAGGUACAGCUGGAUGGGGAGCUGCUGCUGCUGCUGCCGCCGCCGAAGGCGUUGACCAAUCUGGAGCACUGCCUGGGCGACAGCUACGAGCAGAACAAAGUACUGGCCGCCCAGCUGCUGGAAUCGCUGCAAACCCGCUGCCGUUUUCAGCCGCACGAGAUGAUGGAACUGCUGCUGUCGCUGCGGCCACCGGACUCGGCCACCGGUGCCUUCCAGCUGCAGGUCUACUGUCGGGCCAAAGAGGUGGAGUAUCCAUUGCCCAACGGGGAUGCCAUGGCCGCCACGGAUUACGAGAGCAGAACCCACACGGCACUGCAGUGGUGUCUGGAGCAGCUGAGAGCCGGCUUGGCCCUGGCCCAACGUGAUCUGGCCGAGGCGGCCAAGCUGAAUCCCAUGUACGGCCUGCUCUUCGCCAGCCGUCAUCUGAUGCAGCAACUCAAUCUGCCGGAACUGGCCGCCAGAAGGGAGCCCGCCUGGAGGCGAUACGUAGAGGAGCUGGUCACCAUCUGCCUGGCGGUCAGUCGGGUUGUGCUGCCCGUGGUUAGUAGUGCCUCGCCCGAGGGCCAUCUGCCUGCCGCCACCAGCGAUCAGGAGACGGAUCAACCAGUGGCCAAUGUGCUCAGCCGACGGCUGGGCAGCGAGGCACUGCAGCAGGUGCGCACCACGCCGCAGAUGGUGUUGCUCUGCGCCUGGCGCAGCAUCAAGGAAGUCUGCCUGAUCCUCGGCGAGCUGGUGCAACGGGCGCCGCUGGAAGCGGAGGAGGAGCAGCAGCAGCAUCAGAAGGAGGAGGGGCACUACCUGCUCAGUAAUGUCCAGCUGGAUGAAAUCGGUGAGCAUUUCCUGCAGCUGCUGGCCGAGACGAAGCAUCGCGGCGCCUUCGAACAGGCCUACGUGGGAUUCACGAUGCUGUGCCGGCGCUUCUGGCACAGCGAUGCAGUGCGUCUCAACCAGCUGCCCGGCCAGUGGGUGGGCGAGGCCAUGGCCAUGGUCAGCGGUCAGGAGGCGAUGGUGAUGCAUCGCCUCUGCUCCACACGUCGCAGUGCCGGCAUGCCCUUCAUGCUGCAGGCCCUCAUCUGCACGGAACUCAAACUGGGCACCCAUGCCACGCUCCAUCGCUGCAUGCUGCAGCUGCUGCAGGUGUGCGAGGAGCGGAGGAGUAAGGGACCUGCAGGCAUCACCGCACGCAGCCACGCCCUCAAUAUCCUGCGCGCCCUCUUCCGGUGCAGCGAACUGGCCGAACUCGUCACCGAGUUCAUGGCCCGCGGCAUCCAGUGUGCCCUCGAUGGCCUGCUCCUCGCCGAGGAGUGGGCGGAGCGCAACUGCGCCACCCUUCUUCUGGCCGCCCUCAUCGUUCGCGUCUUCGGCGUGGAACGGGCACGGCUGGAGAGCGGCGAGCUGCACGUGCGCAACCGGAUGACGGGGCGCAUCUUCUUCACGCGGUAUCCGCAGCUCUUCGACUAUUUCCAUGCCGCCCUGCAGCGCGAGUCGGAGCAGAUGGACGACUCCAUGGAGGGCUCCAUGGAGGGCUCCAAGGAGGGCGGCAAGCGGCGGCAGGCGGUCCAGCUGGAGGCCAUGCUGCUCAUGCUCAGCCGCCUGUAUCCAUCCUCGCUGGAGGGAGCCGAAUCGACGCUGAAUCUGAGCGAGUUUGUGCCCUUCUUGAUCAAGAUCUGCCGCUCGCACGAUCUGAUGACCCGCGAAAGAGCUGCCUUGGUGGUGGCCAACUUUGUCAGCCAGGAGCAGGCGCUGGCCGAGAUCAGGCGCAUCGUGGUGGAGCUCAAGGCGCUGCAGCUGAGAUUUGAGAAGCAAAAGGAAUCCCUCAUCCUGGAUGCAAAUCUGCUGCACGGGCAGUUGCUACUACUACUCCAUCUGCACCGCCUGGUGCGCUGGUCGUGUCCACCGCUGGCCAGGAUGCAGCUGCACACGCUCGCAGCUCUGGCCGCUCCGAUCCUCCAGCGGGACGUGUGUUCGUUCAGUGCGCUGGUGGACGUGAUGGUGGCCCUCAUGGAGGAUGCCGUCGAUCCUGGUGUGGUUAACCUUCAGCUCCUGGAUCAGAUCGCUGCCGUCUAUCGACUGGAUCACAUGGUGGUCUAUGCACGCUGCCAGCAGCAGGGCAUCUCCAUGCGUUUCUACCAGAUCUUUGGCCUGCAUCUGCAUCGAUUGCACGGCAUUUGCCCCGGAAUGGUGCAGCACAUGGUCGAGGACCUGGCCGAACCCUUCUGGGCCCUGGACGAGCUCAAGGUCGAACUAUGGCUGUACAUCCUGCUGCAGCGUUGGCUGGACGCUGCCGAGAAGCAGCCGCUGGUCAGCACGCUGGAUGUGGAGCACUUUCAGUUUUCGGCCGACAUACGUCGCUAUUACGCCACAUUAAGCUUAGAGGAGCGGCAGGAGAUUGGUCAGCAGCUGUAUGAAUCCCGGGCCAUACGCUCCACCGUCCUCAAGAUGAUGGACAGCAAGCGCCAUUGGAGUCUCCAGCUCACCGCUCGUCUGGUGGCCUUGCAACCGCUGCUCAAGGAGCCGGGAUUGCAGUUGGAUGAGCUGGUGCAGCGCUGCUCGUCGGCGCGGCACUCCAGUCACCAGGAGCCGGGCUUGGUGCUGGGCCUGAAACGAUUGAUCGGCGAACGGGGCAGACUGGAGCGCCAGCACUGGCUGCCACUGCUGAACUACGCCCUGCGGCUCGUGGAGCCCGUCCAGCCGGUCUAUCUGCGUCACCAGGCUGCCCAAUUGUGCCAGUUGCUCGUACGCAGCGGCUUGAAGGACCAAAUUGGCCUGUGCACGGACAACGUGGACGUGGAGCUGGUCGGACGCUUUGCCAGACUGGUGCUGCUCCUGCUGCUGGACGAAGCGGAGUGGGUGCGACAUUGGGCUGCCCAACUGGUGUGCAGCACUGAAUUUAGGAGCGAAUUUGGUGGGCAGCCGGAAGUCAAGUCAAGGGGGGACAUCCUGCCCAGUGCUGUGACUUUGGAGUUCCUCAAAACGGUGGUGGGCAGUGUGGAGCAGCAAGCUGGCCAGCCGGUGUUUCUGCUGCGUCUCUUCCAACUCAUCGCCGAGCCUUUCCUGGCCACCGAAGUCAGGGACGAUUCCGAGCAACUGCAACUGCAGGAGGACGGCGACGUCGAGGUGUUCGACAAGCAGGAGAUCAACCUGUACUGUGAGCCGCUGCUGGUGCUCUGCGAACUGGCCGCCGCCUUUCGGGCGCAGUUUGGCGACAGCGAGGAGCUGAUGGCCACCAUCAAUGCCCUGGCACUGCCCUCUGAUCUAGUUUCAAUCCAAGAGCAUUUGAUGUGUGCAAGCUAAUUCUAAUAUAUAACUUAUUGAUUAAGAACCAUACAUAAGUUUUGAUAAUAUUUGAAAAUCUGAGUUACUUUAAAAUUUUGUUUUAAUCCCAAGGAAUGGUUUGACUGCGAUUUUUAUGUUAUAGUAAUAAAUUUAAUGUAUAUUUCUACCAAGCUUUUAAAAUGAAAGAACCUAAAACGAAAUCGAUUUUCAUUUUGGCUUAAGAAUAGUACAGGUACUCUAAAUAUUUAUUUAUUCUAUUGUUUUUUGUAAUAUCAAAAUAAUAAAAAAUUGAAUGACUAUUUUAGCCAAGCUUCAUUUGAAUGAAACAAUCUAAAAUAAAAUAUAACAAAAACUUUUUAUCA